AUGUCGAGUUUGUUAGCACAGAAGCGAGCACUUGGUGUAUAUGGGGCAGAAUUCGAGCUUCCCGCAUCUUUCAGCGCGUACCAGUGGGGCCUUGUUGAAAAUGCAGUAACACUGCUUGCGCCUUUCGAAGAACUGACGAGAGAAAUAAGUUCACACACAGCAACUGCUUCAGACGUGAUUCCCUCUGUUGAGGCUCUGAAACGUUUACUGAACAAGAGUCUUAGUACAGAUAGUGGUGUGAAGACGACAAAAGCUACUCUGCUGGAGGCUGUGAAGCAGCGGUUUAACGGCAUAUACACCGAGCCUUUGUACUUCUUGGCAACGAUCCUGGACCCAAGAUUCAUGGGCCUGAAAGACCAUCUGGAUGAUGGAACAGGCCACAUCCUUGAACUGGGGCUGGAUCUAGACUACCUCCAUAUGAAGGCUACAGACCAGCAGACUGGCACUGACGUCAGACUUAUCAUGGACAGUGGUUCAUCUGACACAGGUGAUGUUGUUGCCCCCUGCACUAGGAGCUGUAGUUCUUCUCCACAAGAUGACUCAGAGGAAAGUGCAGGGUCAGACAGUGAGCCUGCGCAGAGCCACAGUCAUCCUCUUGUCAAAACGCUUGGUGAUGGGUCCAUCCAUGCAGUCCACCCACCACACUGUAGGUCUCCAAGUCUGGAUAUGGAUUCACUUGUUCUGGAUAUGAUACUCCAAGAGCCUGGCCCUGUGGAUACACUCAGGGAAUACCAGACAAAGAUGGAGUUUGCCCUUAAGCUUGGCUAUGCAGAAGACUUGGUUCGGCUGGUUCUGAACAAGCUAGGGUCAGACACACUGAUCAAUGAUGUUCUUGGGGAGCUGGUAAAACUGGGCAGUAAGCCGGAGAAUGAGGGUGGGACACAGACUCUCUCCCAAUCCACUUCCACAUCAUCAUCAUCAUCCUCUGGCACAUCUUCUUCCUGCAGUUUCUCUUACUCGCUUGACUCUCGCCGGUCAGAGUCCCCUUCUCUGGAUGAUAAGGAUAACCUCCGCCCCAUUGUUAUUGAUGGCAGCAAUGUGGCCAUGAGCCAUGGCAAUAAGGAGAUGUUCUCCUGUCAUGGCAUUCAGCUCGCAGUUGACUGGUUUCUUGAGCAUGGCCAUCGAGACGUUACAGUUUUUGUGCCGGCCUGGAGGAAAGAAGAGUCCCAUCCUGAUGCUCUUAUCACAGAUCAGGAGAUUUUGAGAAGGCUGGAAAAGGAUAAGAUACUUGUUUUCACACCCUCACGUCGUGUUCAGGGCCGGAGAGUAGUCUGCUAUGAUGAUAGGUUUAUUGUUAAGCUAGCUUAUGAAUCAGAUGGCAUCAUUGUCUCCAAUGACAACUACAGAGACUUGGCUGUUGAGAAUCCAGAAUGGAAAAAGUUAAUUGAUGAACGCCUUCUGAUGUACUCCUUUGUAAAUGAUAAGUUUAUGCCUCCUGAUGAUCCAUUGGGUCGACAUGGGCCGAGUCUGGAGAAUUUUCUUAGAAAAAGACCUAUCAUUCCAGAGCAUAAGAAACAGCCCUGUCCAUAUGGAAAGAAAUGCACCUACGGGCACAAGUGUAAGUUUUACCAUCCAGAGCGUGGUACACAGCCACAGCAAGCGGUGGCAGAUGAGCUCCGUGCCAGUGCCAAGAACUCCACAGUUAAAAUUGUGGGAGAGACGGAUCUUGUGAAAAGCAACAGUGAGCCUGGAGACUCCCGUAAUGAUAAAGCGAGCGACGGUAAACGAUCUCAGCCAAAGAGGCAAUCGGACCCCAGUAUCCGUGCCCUCUCUUACAGUGAUGUGGAAUAUAAGCUGUGCUCUAAAACUAAAGCAGACCUGUAUAAGAUCAACCUAGCUCUUCCUCCAGCUCCAGGAGGUCCUCCUUCUUGUCAUGGGUAUAGCCAGGAUCUGAAGGAUCGCAAGCAGUCUCAAGGAGAACCCCACACAAAUUGUGAAUCUCCCAAUCUUUAUUACUCCAUGGUUAGGGCAUAUUCUGGCAUAAGCUUGCCCUCUCAGAGCAGUCCAGAGCGUCACUUCCUGUCUGAUGCUGAUCCAUGGGCCUGCUCAGUGGCAUCAGAUUGCAGCAGUGAUGGCAGCAUGAGCUCAGAUUCUUAUGGCAUGGCAAUCCACAAUGAGCAUUUCUGUAUGAGCUCUCCUGAUUUGUUACUGGAUGAAGGAAUCAAGUGUCACCACCACCAUCAUCAUAGAAAUGACCAGUUACCCUCUGUUAUUCCUCCAGGAUGCAUUCUCUCUCCUGCUACAUCUAACCACCCAGGAUUCCACCACAGCAUACCUCGUGUCCAUAGUUUUGCUCUAGAAGACCAGCAAGACCCCCAUUUCCAGCACUCUGUCUUCUACAUGUCUCCACAACACCAGCAUCAAGUCGUAGGUUCCCGCUCAAGCUAUCCUGGAGGCUGUCCUCCUGUCUGCCAGAGCAACACUCACUCCCAGAACUCUCCACUGGGUCGUGGCCUUGCCUCAACACGUGUGGACAGUGUGUCAGACUCCAGGCUAUAUGAACACUCUCCAUUGCUGCCUAGAAAACACAACCUAUCCCAGGAGCGAAAGACUAGCUGGGAUUCAUAUUACAGACAGCACCCACAACCAUGCUACGAGCCCUUCAGCUUCCAGGAUCUUUCAAAGAGCCGUAAACAGAUGUGGCGGAUGCCCUGGGGCUGUGCUUCUGCUCCUCCUCCCCCCCAUCCAUCUCUUCUGCCCCACAUUUUAUCACACCAGCACCAGGAGCCACUUGCCUUGAGUAGUUACCAGGAAGUACGAGAGAAAGUGUUUACCAACCUGUGCAACAUUUUCCCUACAGAGCUAGUACAGUUGGUCAUGGGGCGGUACCCUCAUGUGACCGAUGCCCAGCAGCUGGCAACAGCCAUCUUGGCUGAAAAGAACCAUUUUGGAUACUACGCGCAGAGGUUCAGAAUUAUAGCCAUAAUCCUGCAGCUCUUUGCCUCUUCCUCCUCUUAA